AUGGUGGUCUGUAAAUGCCGCAAGGCCACCAAACUAUAUUGUUUCGUGCACAAGGUCCCAGUUUGUGGGCAAUGCAUAUGCUUUCCAGAGCACCAAAUUUGUGUGGUACGUACAUACUCAGAGUGGGUAAUUGAUGGAGAGUAUGAUUGGCCUACUAAAUGUUGCCAUUGUCAAGCUGUGCUUGAAGAGGGAACCGAUCCUCAGACUACGCGAUUGGGUUGCUUGCAUGUUAUCCACACAAAUUGUUUGGUUUCACAUGUUAAAAGUUUCCCUUCUCAAACUGCUCCCGCUGGAUAUGUCUGUCCAUUCUGUUCUACUUCGAUAUGGCCUCCUAAAAGCGUCAAAGAUUCUGGAUCUCUUCUUCAUUCAAAGCUGAAGGAAGCAAUUAUGAUGACUGGCUUGGAGAAGAACUUGUUUGGGAAUCAUCCAGUUUCAUUGCCCGGGAUGGAGCCCCGAAGUCCUCCACCUGCUUUUGCUUCAGAUCCACUGAUGCAUGCCUCUGCUGAUGGAAAAGAUGCAGCUUCUACCAGGAUUGGUUCUACAAAACCCGUAGAGUUGGAGAUUGUGGAGAUAGAUGGGCCUGCCUCAGCAACAUCAUCACUGUCUAAUCACGAGCCCAGUUUCAUGAAAAGCACAAGUCCAACUGCUCCUGUUGCCAUGACACGAAAAAAUGCUGUCCAAGUUGAGAGGCAAAAUUCUGAAGCUUUAUAUUAUGCUGAUGAUGAAGACGGGAACCGGAAGAAGUACACUCGAAGAGGUCCAUUCCGCCAUAAGCUUCUUAGGUCAUUGCUACCUUUCUGGUCUAGUGCAUUGCCAACUCUACCAGUAACUGCACCACCGCGAAAAGACUCAUCAAAUGCAGAUGAAGUACCUGAAGGUCGCGCAAGACAUCAUAGAUCUUCAAGGAUGGAUCCGAGGAAACUCCUCCUAGUUAUAGCUAUCAUGGCUUGCAUGGCAACAAUGGGUAUUCUGUAUUACAGAAUUGCACAACGAGGUCUGGACGAUGCAUUGCCCGAUGAAGAACAGCAGUAA